AAUUUAAAAAGUGAGGUGAGAAAACACAUGGAGUUUAUUUCUUCAAAUAUGAGAAAAUUUGACAAUGUUGGUGUCGCAUUAAAUGAAGGCCAGGCAAUGCUUGGGAAUGUUUUAUGCAGAAAGUGCAAAGAUGCUGUGCGAUCUAAAAGAAUAGAAUUGCAUGCUAAAAACGGGAUAUCACACAAAAAGAAGAGCCUGAUAAAAUUGUCACCAGAACGACAACAGAUUGUGAACGAGAUUACCAAUCUUUUCAUUCAGUUGGAACGUUCGCAAAAUGAGGACGAAGGCGACGAAAAGUAUUGCACAGAGGAAGAAUACUACAGGCAAGAAAUGUUAGAAAUGGAAAACAUGUAUAUGAAUAAGCUAUUUGAUAAGCAAGACGAAGUGAAAGAAAUGGAAAAUGAAUACAAGAAGGAGGUAAAAGACAAAGAGGCUGAAGUGCAUAAUGUAAGAAACCAACUAGAGAAAAUGACAAUUGAAAGGGACGAUGGCAAAAAUAGAAAUGAUUCAAUGGCAAAAAAGCUCAAGUCUCACGACAAGACUGCAAGCGAGCUGCGUGAACUUAAAAACGAACACAAACGACUUAAAGAGGACUUGGAUAAUAAGGAAUGCAAUAUUAAAAAACUAAAGAGAGAAUUAGACAUGAAAGAGGAAGAUAUUAAGCGAUAUCGACCAUCGUCUUCAGGAUAUAGACUGAGAUCGUUUGCUGAUAACCGAGACGACCAAGUAGCAAGAUUGGAGGGCAAACUGAAUUCUAGAGAUGAAGAAAUACAAACAUCAAGGAGAGAAAAUGAAAACCUGAAAUCGGAACGGGAUGAGUUGUUACACCAGAAUGAAAAGCUACAAGAAGAAACGUACUCUAUGAAGGAGACAAUAGAUUCCAGAGAUGAAGAACUACAAAGAUCAAGGAGAGACAAUGAAAACCUGAAAUCGGAGCAAAUUGAAUUGAUUGGAAGGCUACAAGACGAAAACCGUUCUCUGAAGGAAAAGCUAG